ACAGUUUUGGAACGACAUGGCUUCAUCUCCUGCUCUCCUCGCCUUGGGGCUCGUUCUGAGCUGCUUGGGGACGAUCCCGGCGCAAACAGUCAGUAAAUUGACUCCGUCCCAUCCAGAGGACUUGAUCGCAAUUAAACUGAAGCCGGGGACCUGCCCGCUAAACGUGGAUUACCCCACGUGUGAGAAUGCGAUGCCGCAGAAAUCCGAGUGUGAGACGGAUGCAGACUGCAGGGGCAAGAAGAAGUGCUGCUACUCUGGCUGCCGGAACCGCUGCCUCGACCCUCUGACUGCCAAGGUGGAUUCCUGCCCCUACUUUAAUGCCUCCAUCUGUAUGUUUGCCCGACCCCUGCCCAAUGAGUGCCACAGUGACAAGCAGUGCCCGGGCUCCCAGAGGUGCUGCUGCUUCAACUGCCGGAGACAGUGCUCCCCAACAGUGAAGGUGAAGCCCGGCCAAUGCCCCUCCAUAUCGCUCUUUCCGAUGAAUUUACCCAAACGCCAUUGCCAGAGCGAUUCUGACUGCCAAAGAGACCUGAAGUGCUGCGAUUCCUGCGGGAAGAAAUGCGUGAAGCCCCUGAAAGAGCGCCCCGGGAAUUGCCCGGUCAGCCUGGAGCAGAUAUCGUGCAUCACGACCCCGGGCAAACCCCUGUGCGGCAGCGACAGGGACUGCAAGCCCGGCCUGAAGUGCUGUCUGUCGGACGACAGGAUGCAGUGCGUGACCCCAAUUACAGAAAAAAAUGGGUUCUGCCCCAUACCGGUCACCAGAUGUGCCUUCCCUCCCCCACUCCCAAAGUGCAAAAGUGACCAUGAAUGCCCCGGGAGGCAGAAGUGCUGCACCCCUCUGUGCCUCCAGGAGUGUACGGACCCCUUAACAGAAGACCCCGUCAUUCCAGCCCCCGUAGAGCCAAGGAAUUGCCCGGUAGUGAACACCCUGGUAGCCUGUAAAUUACCCUACCCCAAAGGCGAUUGCACCACAGAUGCCGAUUGCCCCGCCAACAGGAAGUGCUGUGACUAUGGCUGCAUCUUCAAGUGCAUCGAGGUCUGAGCACCAAUACAAUGAAUCAGACAGAAGCGACCCCAGCGCGGAGUUAAUACUAACAGCCGGUACGGGGCUGACGGAGUCCGUGACCCGCCGGCGGCCGCUCCGCUCCAGCACGCUUCCUGAGAGCCUCUUCCUGCAUAUCGCCUGUCGCUGGUUACCGCCGUCUUUUCGCUUCCUGUUACCCCAAUAAACACUCGCAUGCCUA